ACACCAUAGCGUGUUUACCAAAACAUCUGUAGAAGAACCCGGUGGGCGUUAAUGGCGGAGCACGGAAGCACAGCAGCUAUGACUACAGCCUUAAAAGUCUUCAACAGGUUCCUGUAUUAACAAAGAUUCAAGCAAACGCAUUGGGGAAGCCUCUCUGUGCACAAAGACAGUAACGGUUUACUCCUUGCUCCCGCCCUGUGUUGGGAGCACAGAGCCACACUCUCCACCAGCGGCCCAGCCAGAGGGAACCAUUUCAUUUUUGGACCUGUGCUUGCUGCUCUCCGAUUGGCUCAGAUUGAGACUCAGACACAGAUUGCUCUCCGGCAGAUUGCUCUGCUAGCUUCCAUCGUUUGUGGACAUCAGAGUGAUCUUGCGGCAGUAGUACCUCUUAACCUGGCCCUGCUGGGUCUUUCUACUCGACAGCAGGUGUCGACGUUGGGGCUAGAAGUCACGACGAACGGACAGAUUUCUACCAUUGCACAGCCACGUCUGUCUGCUGCCAUGUUUCACCAGCAGCAGGGCCCUCAGCAGUUUCCAAACCCAUCUAGACCUCCUCAUCAUCAGCCAAAUGCAGGUCAGCAUCCAAACCACCCCAACAUGCAGGGAAUGGGGUUCCAGUUUCCUCGUCCAAACCAACUCCCAGAUGAGCUGGAGUCUGCCCUUGCUAUCAGGGGCAGCAGAGAUGUGGAUCAUCGCCAGAUGGAUCACAUGAACCAGUCAAACCAGAAUCAAGGUUCAGCCGCAGGGAUGGGUCAACACGGAGGCUAUGGUUCCCAACCGAUGUUGCGUCCUGCUGAUAAUCAGCCUGGCCACCAGCAAGGAGUCGACUGGUCAAACUACCCACCUCCAUCCGCGCUGUUCGCACCGACUCAGCACCCGCCUCAGAGCAGCCAAGAGGGAACCAGACUACCCAACUGGAAUCCUCCCAUCUGCGACUCCCAGUCUCCUCAACCUCGACAGUUGCUUGGUGAUGGAGGCAGGGCGGAAGGUCAGGGGAUGUACACACCGGAGAGCGCAGGGAGCAUCUUGGCUAGCUUUGGACUCUCUAAUGACGACUUGGAAGUGCUGAGUCAUUACCCAGACGAUCAGUUAACCCCCGAUACAUUACCGUUCAUACUCCGUGACAUCCAGCUCAACAAGUCCGGCAAGAAGUCAUCUUCAGCUUCGUCCUCUUCAUAUCCUCCCAACAUGCCUCCUCCUCAUACCUCACAGUCCGCCGAAGUACCCAGCCUCCUCACUGUUACGCAGACGGCAGGCAAAGUUAUUGACUAUGGACAUGCCAGCCGUGGUACAGAGGAAGGCAGCACUAGAGAGACUUUUAAAAGAGAGCAACUCUCUAAAGUGGAUAAAACAGAAAGGCGUCAAAUCUGUUUAGACCCCAAAGAGCCAAGCAAACACGGAGACCAGGACUAUCGCAGGGCAAACUGCGAGAAACGCAAGAGUAGCCGAUCGCCGGCAAGAGAUUUCGCACCUUUGCCUAAAUCUCACAACUUAGACAGAGACUAUCGGCGAGUGGAGUCUAGGCGAAGGUCGUCGUCGGAAACCAGGAGUGAAGCGUCCUCCAGACGCUCUCCGUCGUCGUCUUCUGCUUCAAGGCAACACGGCGGUAGCAAGAAGUUACCCACCCCUACCAUGAUAAGUGAUUUCGCAGCGAUGUCUCCAAAGGUGUAUCCCCAUACCUGCUCCCUGUGUCACAUUCAGUGUGACCAGGAAAAGGACUGGGUGUCCCACAUUAACACAGUCGAUCACACGGCCGCCUGCAGGGACCUGCGGAACAGGUACCCUGAAUGGAAACCAAAUCUGCCGAGUCGCAGCGGGCGAUACGGCAGCCGUGCUCUGUGGGAUCCCAAGGAUGGCUCUCUGUCUCGCUCCCGCUCUCGCUCUCCAGCUUCUCAGGGCAGAUACCGAAGAGAGCCCUAUGUCCACCGGCCGCAUGGCAGGACGCGCUCUCCAGACCGGCCUUCACGGCCCCACCUCCACUCAGAACACAGCCUUCGCUUUGAACGGCACCUCUCUGGCCCUCAUUAUUCCCAGAGGACAGCUUUCCCCUACAGAGACUCUUUGUCUGACAGGAGACGGCGGGAGCCUUCAGGUCUGGGCGACCGCUCUCACUGCGGGCUGAAGCGUCCUCAUGAAGAUCUAUCCAAAAGCUAUGCUGAGGCGGGCCACGGAUCCAGGCAUGGCGCCCCGAAGUCUGCGGCUAAAAGCACCAGACCUGCAGUCAAAGCAGCCAAGAUGGCUGUUAAAAGUCAACCAGUGAAGAAGAAGAAGAAGAAGGUGGCGGCUCCGUUCUCCCAGGGCCUGAGCUUUGCAGAUCGCUUGGUUUACCUGACGGGCAUUCCUGCCGAUGCAACAGAGCAGGAAGUGACGGACCUGGUUGGAUCUUUUGGAAAGAUCAAUAACGUGAUUCUCCUGCCGUGCUUCGAGGACGACGCCGAGAAGGAGCAGAAGGCGUCUGUUUGUAUGAUGAAGGCAGAGGACGCCAAGGCUCUGGCCUCUGCUGCCAAGCUCUGCAUCAGAGAGAAGGAGAUCACCGCCUCCAUGGCCAAGGUUCCUGCAGACAGUCUGCUCUCUGAGGCUAACAGUAAGCCUGAAGCAGCAUCUGAGCAGGAGUCUGCUGGGAACGUCUCAGGUGAAACAGACCAUGCCGCCUCUGAUCAGGGCUGGAAGGUGCUGAUCAGCGGCCUUCCUCACAGCGGCUGGUCAAAGGCUGACAUCGUUCAGUUUGUCCAGCCCUUUGGGACGCCCUCUGACCUCAUCCUGGCGAUGGACGUUGGAAAGGCUCUGGUGUCGUUUCCUGACCAGGAGGUUGCUGAGGAGAUGGUGAAGGUCCACAGCUUUAAACCUGGCGUGUUUCUGGACACAGAGGUGAAGAUGAGCGUGGUCAAACAGCCCAUCGGACUCACCACUCCGGUGGCUCUUUACAACCUUCUGAUGCAAUCAUCAGAACCGUCGGAGAGUCCGGCUCUGGUUGGCUGGAAGCAUCUGGUGGCGAUCAGAAAUGUUCCUGACUCACCUGCUGGAUCCAGGGAGGUUCUGAGGCUGAUGCGGCGCUUUGGGACGGUCAUCAAGUCUCUGGUUGUCAGCAACAUGAUCAUCUGUGAGAUCGCCACCAUCUCCAUGGCGCUGUCCGUCUACAAACGCUUCCUGAUGUUCCCCUGCAUCAUCCAGAGCAACCCCCUGUUCUUCCACCGCAAACCGGACCCCAAAGCUCAGAGCAAGGUCAUCCCCGCUUACUGCGACACGCCUGAGGAGAAACCUGCAGAUAACAGCCAAGCAGCAGCAGAAGCUCUACAGGAGGGCGAGCAGGAUGAAGCUCCACCUGAGAGGGGCGAGGAAAAGCAUGAGGAGAAGGGUGAGGAGAAGCAUGAGGAGAAGGGCGAGGAGAAGCAUGAGGAGAAGGGCGAGGAAAAGCAUGAGGAGAAGGGCGAGGAGAAGCAUGAGGAGAAGGGCGAGGAGAAGCAUGAGGAGAGGGGCAAGGAGAAGCAUGAGGAGAAGGGCGAGGAGAAGCAUGAGGAGAAGGGCGAGGAGAAGCAUGAGGAGAAGGGCGAGGAAAAGCAUGAGGAGAAGGGCGAGGAGAAGCAUGAGGAGAAGGGCGAGGAGAAGCAUGAGGAGAGGGGCAAGGAGAAGCAUGAGGAGAAGGGCGAGGAGAAGCAUGAGGAGAAGGGCGAGGAGAAGCAUGAGGAGAAGGGCGAGGAAAAGCAUGAGGAGAAGGGCGAGGAGAAGCAUGAGGAGAAGGGCGAGGAGAAGCAUGAGGAGAAGGGCGAGGAGAAGCAUGAGGAGAAGGGCGAGGAGAAGCAUGAGGAGAAGGGCGAGGAGAAGCAUGAGGAGAAGGUCGAGGAGAAGCAUGAGGAGAAGGGCGAGGAGAGGGCUGAGGAGACAAAAACUGAGGAAGGAAAUCCGACGGUGAAGGAGAGUAGAGACGAGGAGGCGGAGUCGAGCGUUCUUGUGUCUGAGUCCGGAUCUAAGCCGGACAAAAGCGACGCUGACGAUGGAAACGUUAGCAAAGGCGCAUCAGAGUUGGAUGUCGUAGACAAAGAAGCUCCUCCUGCCCAUGCACCUUCCUUCUCCGUGGAGACGGCCAUGCCUGACCUGCCCAAGAUGACUCAGGCCAUGGUUAACGCCCUGCUGGUGGAGUGCAGAAACAGAAUCGCUAACAGCCUCAACAGGAAAGCAGCGCCCCCCGCUGGAGACCAGGGGGCAGCAAAACAGGACAAGGACGACACAAAAGACCAGACCAAGAAGAUGACAGAGGAAAGAGACGAGGAGGCGAAAAAAACGGACCUGGAGAGAAAAGAGAGGGAGGCGAAGAAAGAGAAGGAGAGGAGGGAGAGAGAGAAGGAGAGGAGGGAGAGGAAGGAGAGGAGGGACAGAGACAGGGAGAGGGGGGAGAAGAUCAGGAAGGACUUUGAUAGGAGGGAAUGGGAGAGGAAAGAACGGGACAGGAGGGAGAGGAGGAGAAGCCACGAGGAGAAGCCGUCUGGGUCCAGGUCCACCAGCAGGCAGAGGUUGAGGGAGCAGCGCUACAGGGAGGAGGCUGAGAGGAGGAAGCCGGACCAGGAGAAGAAGAAGAAGGAGGAGGAGGAGGAGGAGGAGGAGGAGUUCCCCUUCAACCUGACGGACUUUGUUACAGUGGAUGAACUGGGAGAUGUGACUGACCUCCCUGACCCUACUGUUGUCAUAGAAACCUUAGAGGGAGCGGAUGAAACGCCACCUGAAGAGGCCGUAUCCAUGGAGACCAGCGUGGCCCAGGAGGCACAGCCUGAUGAGAAACUCCCAGAAUCCCAAGCUGUGAGCGAGCCAUCAGCCGCUGACAGUCUGGAGUCUGGUUCGGACCCGCCUACUGUAGAACCUCCCCCCGGUGAAACCGAGGGCCAACCAGGGCCCCCCGGUGAUCCAGGAACCACGGCGGCCUCAAGCCUCCAUGCUGAGCCCGCUUCCAGCUCUGCUCCUGCAGCUCCAGCUCCAGCUCAGUCCGACCCAAACAGCCCAGCUGGAGCGGAGGAUGGGGGCGGGUCUGUUAAGCAGGACGAGGCUCAGGGCGGCGAGCCGAUGGAGGAAUCUGAGCAAAGGGAGGGAGAUCCAGAGCCUCCAGCAGUGGGGGAGCAGCCGGCCGUCCUGCAGACAGAAAAUCCUGAAACUGCCAAAGACGACCCCACAAAGGAGAGUGUGAAGACGGCCCUGCCUCCCUACGACCCCAUGACGGCUGUUGGUAUGGAGUAUUUGGUCCCUAAGACGGGCUUCUUCUGUAAGGUCUGCAGCCGAUUCUUCACUGGAACCAAGGUGGCCGAGAUCAACCACUGCAGAACCCUGAAGCACUAUGAGAACCUGCAGAAAUUCCUGCAGAAUCCAGAAUCUUCAACCACAGCUGUGAAGAAGAACUCCAGCUGAACUUUCCUCGUUUGUCAUGCAGUCUGCUUUCAUUUCACUCUUAGGGUCCACAUUUCCAUGGUUCCAUAGCGUAGUUCCAUUUUGUUCUUUGAAGGCAGAUUUUUGUUGAUUGUUUUGUUGCUUCCAGGAGGAAGGAACAAAACCUGCUGCAAUAAUAAAAUAGUUUGGUUUUCUAA